CCGCCGAGGACAAGGGGCAGCGGGUGGGUGGGUGAAUAGGUAGGGGGAGAGCCGUCUGGGUCCCGCUGUCUCCUCAUCGUCAUGGCCGGCUCGGAGCAGCCGCCACCGCGGCGGGAGGAUGAAGAAGCGCCGCUGCCCAUCGAGGACGCGGAGCUGGCUCUGGCUGGCAUUAACAUGCUGCUCAACAACGGCUUCCGCGAGUCCGACCAGCUCUUCAAGAAAUACAGAAACCAUAGCCCAUUAAUGAGUUUUGGAGCCAGUUUUGUCAGUUUUUUGAAUGCUAUGAUGACAUUUGAGGAAGAGAAGAUGCAGCUGGCAUGUGAUGACUUAAAGGCUACAGAGAAACUUUGUGAAAGUGAAGAAGCUGGAGUUAUAGAAACAAUCAAGAAUAAAAUAAAAAAGAAUGCUGAUGGACGAAAAUCCACUGUAUCCAUGAUAGAUCGUCUACAAAGACAAAUAAUUGUAGCAGACUGUCAAGUCUACUUGGCUGUACUCUCAUUUGUAAAACAGGAGUUAGCAGCAUACAUAAAAGGUGGGUGGAUACUUCGAAAAGCCUGGAAAAUUUACAAUAAGUGCUAUACGGACAUUAAUACACUUCAGGAAAUAUAUCAGAAGAAAACAACUCAGGAAUCCUUGACUUCUGAUGCUGCAAAUGAUAAUCAUAUUGCUGCAGAAGGUGUAACGGAGGAUUCGCUAAACAGACUGAAAGGUGCUGUUAGCUUUGGAUAUGGACUUUUUCAUCUUUGCAUAUCCAUGGUGCCCCCAAACCUGCUCAAAAUCAUCAACCUGCUGGGUUUUCCUGGAGACCGCCUACAGGGGCUUUCUUCACUGAUGUAUGCAAGUGAAAGUAAGGACAUGAAGGCCCCUUUAGCUACAUUAGCUCUGUUGUGGUACCACACAGUUGUUCGUCCCUUUUUUGCCCUUGAUGGCAGUGAUAACAAGGCAGGAUUGAAAGAAGCAAAAGAAAUUCUUGCAAAAAAAGAAUCUGCUUAUCCCAAUUCUUCUCUGUUCAUGUUCUUCAAGGGAAGGAUACAGCGAUUAGAGUGUCAAAUCAAUAGUGCCUUGACCUCAUUUCACACUGCUUUGGAACUUGCAACAGACCAAAGGGAGAUUCAACAUGUCUGCUUAUAUGAAAUAGGUUGGUGCAGCAUGAUAGAGAUGAAUUUCCAAGAUGCAUUUGAAUCCUUUGAAAGGCUUAAAAAUGAAUCCAGGUGGUCCCAGUGCUACUAUGCUUAUUUAACAGCAGUGUGUCAAGGAGCCACUGGUGAUGUUGGAGGUGCCCAGAAUGUGUUCAAGGAAGUUCAGAAGCUUUUCAAAAGAAAAAACAACCAGAUUGAACAAUUUUCAGUGAAAAAGGCAGAUAGAUUUAGAAAACAAAUGCCAACCAAAGAGCUCUGUGUCCUGGCAUCCAUUGAAGUAUUGUACUUAUGGAAAGCCCUUCCAAACUGUUCCCUCUCAAACUUGCAGCAUAUGAGCCAAGCUUGUCAGGAUGUUGAUGAUUCAUCUGCUGUUGGUUUGAGGAAUUUGCUUCUCGGUGCCAUACACAAAUGCUUAGGAAAUUCUGAAGAUGCUGUUCAGUACUUUCAGCGAGCUGCUAAAGAUGAGCUGUGCCGUCAAAACAACUUAUAUGUCCAGCCAUAUGCUUGCUAUGAACUUGGCUGUCUUCUGCUAGACAAUCCAGAGACUGUGCCAAGAGGCAAAACCUUGCUUCUGCAAGCCAAGGAGGAAUUUUCUGGCUAUGACUUUGAGAACAGAUUGCACGUCCGCAUACACGCAGCCUUAGCCUCUCUAAGGGAAGUAGUUCCACAGUGAUGAACAGGAAGCCUGUUAUCAUUUCCCACAGUUUCUGCACUUUAAGAUGAAGCAGAAGAAACAGCUGUUGGGAAGACCAGCUUUUCUUCUGAAAACCACUUGUGCCAGAGACAGUUUCCUAGUAUGGUCAGAGUUGGUAUGGCUUAGGAAAACAUUACAAUUUAAAUUAAAAGUAAAUCAAGGAGGAAGAAGGUUAAGUGACCUUGUGUUUUUAACUUUUUGGUUUUUAUUUUGUUUAAACCAAGCUGAACACAAUUGUAACUCUGCAGGUGAUCCUGAAUAAGCACACAUGAUGCCCUUCAACAAUAUUGGCAAGUGUGAUUUUUACCUUUUAAAAUAGAUCUAGAUCUAAAAUGUACCAAGAGGAGCACUUCUGUUUUGAUUAGAGAAAUACAAUAAAAGUAAUUGGUGUAAAUGCUGAAAUCUGGAAUGGGCAGAACACUUUUUGUUCUUCAGGCAUUAGCCUGUACACAGUGGGAGGGAAACUGUUCAGCCACAAAAAACAGAUUCUCCUGAAUUUUAGGGGCUUUUGUCAGUGACUUCGUGAUGACUAAUGUGUGAAUUGUAAACCUCACAUCCCCUUCUGUUCUUCGUUCCUCUCCUCCCAACCCAGCUUAUGCUUGUGAUAUAAAUUAUGUCAAUAUUUAGGAUCUCUUGCUUCUGGUACAUUCCAGCCAAACAGUUGGUUUGACAUGCAGUUACAGUGUGGACAGUUUUUAUUCCUGCUUCUUAUAUUAGGGAAUAUUAUUUUUAAAUGCAUAGGACAGAUACAAUAAAUUAAAAUACUUCUCAUUCAAGCUUCAGAAUCUUGACAGCAGUGACCCUUAAAAGUAUUUAAAAAGCCAACCAAACAAAACAGAAAACCAAAAAUCUACUUUGGUAGUUACACCAAUUCUGAGUCUCUAUACUGUAUUCCAAACCUGUGGUGUUAAGAUAUUGAAAUACCUCAGAGAGCUUAAAACUUUUAUUGUGACCAUAUAAUUUUUAAUACUUGGCUGUGU